CGCAGCCGUUAAUAGUAAGGACUAUGUAAAGAUGGCGGAGCUGCAGAUGCUGCUGGAGGAGGAAAUUCCUGCGGGACGGAGAGCGUUACUGGACAGUUUCACCAAUCUGGAAAGAGUAGCGGACUACUGCGAGAGCAAUUAUGUCCAGUCUGCAGACAAAGAGCAAGCGCUGGAGGAGACCAAGAGCUACACCACCCAGUCUCUGGCCAGCGUCGCCUACCUUAUCAACACGCUGGCCAACAAUGUGCUGCAGAUGCUCGACAUCCAGGCCUCGCAGCUCCGCCGCAUGGAGAGCUCCAUCAACCAUAUUUUACAGACAGUCGACAUCCACAAGGAGAAGGUGGCGAGGCGUGAGAUUGGCAUACUGACCACCAACAAAAACACAUCCCGCUCCCAUAAAAUCAUCGCCCCAGCCAAUCUGGAGAGGCCCGUGCGCUACAUCAGGAAGCCCAUUGACUACAGCGUUCUGGAUGACACUGGUCAUGGAGUCAAGUGGUUGAUGAGGUUCAAGGUAAACGGCCAGCAGAGUCUGAAACUUGGAGGAGGUCUGUCCCGGACUAACCCCCCGACCCAGAAACCACCCAGCCCUCCAAGGGCAGGAAAAGGAAUCUUAGGGCACAAGAACUCCCCCUACAGGACACUGGAGCCGGUACGCCCUCCCGUCGUGCCCAAUGAUUAUGCCUCCAGCCCGACGAGAAACAAUACGGGUGCUGGACAGCUUCCGAGUCCGGUCCGCACCGCCACCCUGAACCAGCGACCCCGAACGUACAGUGGCAGCAGCGGAGGCAGUCACCCCAGCAGCAGCAGUCGCAGCAGCAGCAGAGAGAACAGUGGCAGCGGCAGCGUGGGCAUUCCCAUCGCCGUGCCAACGCCGUCUCCACCCUCCACUUUCCCAGUCUCCCCGACUGCUGGACCGUCCAGCUCUUCCUCCACAGCUCCAAACUCCUCCCCUUCUCCCUCGCCGACUCCUUCCUCUUUCUCCUCUUCCUCCUCCACCACCACCUUAACCCAGCCUAACGCACCCCUACCACCAAACUCGCCCGCACACCAAGCCGACUCGUCUCCUCACACAAGCUCCCAAACAAACGUACCGAACACCAACACCUCCCCGCCUUCUAAUCCUUCUCCCAGCACCUCCGAAGGCCAGUCCCAGCUGUCUUCUCUUUCUCUUCCUGCUCCUCCUCCUUCACUCUCCACCUCUUCAUCACCUGCUGAAGGUCCCUUCGUCCCCCAGUUCUACAGCAUGAACCGGCCCCAGCCUCGACAACAGACCCCACAGGUGGGGGGGUCACUUCCAUACCGCCGACCCCCUUCUGUGACUGGUCAGCCGAUAGCCAACCACGUCAACGGAGGACCCUACUACAACCAGAGCCCAGCCUCGCCGCCACCUCCAUCGCUCCUGCAGUUCACCCCUCAGCUGCCUCUGAUGGGUUUCGUUGCUCGAGUUCAAGAAUCUAUUACAGACAUUCCUCCUCCUCAACCGUCAGCCGACACGCCUUCAGGGCCCAAUGAGACUCCGUCCACCCCGAAACCUUCAGAGGACGGACACGGUGAGGAAGACUCUAAAGUAGUGGAGUACAGCGAUCCGUACGCUGAAGAGGACCCGCCAUGGGCGCCCAGAAGCUACCUGGAGAAAGUGGUGGCUGUGUAUGAUUACACCGCAGACAAGGAGGACGAGCUUUCCUUUCAGGAAGGAGCCAUCAUUUAUGUUGUCAAGAAGAACGAGGACGGAUGGUUCGAAGGGGUGAUGAACGCCACCACCGGCCUCUUCCCAGGAAACUACGUAGAGUCCAUCAUGCACUACGCCGACUGAAACCGCCUGAGUCUCGCUCACAGGUGGAGUUCAUUUAAAUCUGCGGCUCUCUUCCUUUGAGCAGGAGAGGUGAACUCUGGUCGGCUUUUUAUAUGUUCCUCCUUUGGGUUCAAACUAUUCAAUUCAGUUGGAUAUUCUGAUUAUUUAUUGGACUGGGUUUUCGUUGGCUUGUUUACAAAGUGUUUUAAUCUCCCCGAUUAUCUUCACAAUGUUUCCUUGCGCUCCAUUUAUCUCGGGUGAAUUUCAGGUGAUUUGCACAUGAGGCUGGUCACGUUUUACUAAUAAAUGAAUAACUUGCUUAUACACAACAUGUUUUAGCAGUGAGUAAAUCCAUUCAUCAGAAUGCUGUUCCUUCAUUCGUUCUUACUACAAAUACAGACACGCGGUAACAAAAGACAGUGUGGAAAUACUCCUGUGAAAACUCUACUCUUCCUUCCACGUUUCCCCGUUAUAUUGGUCAUAAAUCAGUGUAGAAUUAUUGGAAUAGACACACAUGGCAAAACAAAUCUUCUCGGCCUUUCCAAAAGUUGCAUACUGUGCCUUGCAAAAUUAUUCAUGAACUUUUUCACAUUUUGUCAACCACAAACCUCAUUGCAUUUUGUUUAGAUUUUACUUCAUAGACAAACAAAACGUAAUGUGUAAUUGUGAAGUGAUAUCAACUUACCCUGCUGCACUUUUCUUUUUCUAUUUAGGUCUAAAAGUGAAAGUUUGCACCUGUUCGGUCAUUGAGUUUUUAAAGCUUUAGUCUGGUGAGGCUGAAACAGCACAGCUGGUUGCUGGACCUUUUGAAGGUGUGUGAGAAUCUGUUUCGUUUGUGUCAGAUUUAUGUUUCCUCUUUAUUAACUUUCUAAUGUAACUUUACCAUAUGUUUGUUUUUGGGGGUUUUUUGUUGUUUUUGGUUUUUUUGCAUUUUGCCAUGAGGAGAGUAAGUGCCAAAGGACAAAAGAAAAGAUAUUUAAUUACUAUUUUUUAUGGUGGUUCUUUCUGUCUUGUGAUUAUUAAAAUCAGGAAGAUUUCACCAUCUGGGCCAGUGAAUUUUAACACAGACAAAAUGAUUCCUUUUUUUUCCAGUUUCGACUGAAGUUAUUUUAACUUAUAUUUUUAAAUAAUGAUUGAAAAACCCAUUAGAUUUCAUAAAGAAAACAUUUUAAAAAUGUAUGGGAUUCCAUUUUUUUUCUUCCUCAUCUUCCCUCCAAUUUUCUGAGGCUCCCUUAGCGCCCCCUGGCGGGUCACACUUUUAAAAACACUGGUUUACAGUACUGACAGUAAUGACGGCGUUUUAGGGCCACGAUGGAUGGGGAAAAAAGUACCGUAGUACAUUUGUGCCAAAACAA